AUGUAUUUGCUCAGAAAUUAUCGUUUGAUAUGCAAUGGAUUCCAACAGAAAAAUUUCCUGAACAGAGUAGCAGCCAUUAGGACGAUACACGGAACGGGCGCAGCUGAAGAUGCACUUGAUCAGUUGAAAGAUAUUGCAGUAACUCCUGACCAACCAGAGCUUUACAAAGAUGCUGUGGAGAUUUACAACCCAGCCUAUAGCUACGAACAUCCACCCUUUGUUGCCUUCCCUAACAACACUGAUGACAUCAAACGUUGUCUGCAGGUAGCAACGAAGACUGGCGUUCGCGUAGCUGUCAAGUCGGGGGGGCACAGUUUCGCUGGCUACUCCAGUACGGAUGCAAAGGGGUUUGUAAUCUCUCUUAAGAAUAUGAGUAAAGUAGAGCUCAAAGGAAACACGGUUACUGCUCAAGCCGGAGCGUGCUGGGGGGAUGUGUAUUCCGCUGUUGAUCAAACAAGUUAUGUUGCCGUGGGAGGGUGCGUUCCUUGUGUUGGUAUAGGUGGGUAUAUUCUCGGGGGUGGAUACAGUAUGCUUUCACGGGCGUAUGGUGGGUUGGCAUGUGACAAGGCUUUGGCUUUCACCAUGGUAACUGCUGAUGGGAAAGAUCUGGUCAAAGCAUCAGCCACGGAGAAUCAAGACCUGUUUUGGGCUUUGAAAGGAUGCGGGGGUGGAAACUUUGGAGUCUUGGUUGAUGUUACUUUAGAGUUAUCUCCACGACCAAAUCAGUUCAUCUGGAGUAGAAUCACUUAUGACACUGCAGAAGACAGUGAGCAGGGUUUUAAUUCAGUUGGCAAGAGUUUGAACAGCUUCCCAAAAGAGCUGAACCUUGACAUGGCCAUUCAUGGCUACUUUGGUAAGAAAACUCUCACUCUUGAUGCUGUCUACUCAGAUAUCCAUGAGGACAAGGUCAAAGCAAGUCUUGAGGCUCUCCACCCAGGAUCAGAAUCACCACCUCAGAUGUUUGCAUCCUACCUGGAGUUUACCACUGAGUACAGCAAGCGCCAUGGCUUUGUUCAUCAUGAAGUAGAACCGAUUUAUGUCAAGGGUACCAUGAUUGAUUCCCUUCCACCAUUGUUGGCCAAAUAUUUUGCCUACAUUGAGAUCCCACCAGAAUGCCUGUUAGAAUUUGUUCACAUGGGUGGUGAUAUUACACAGUAUUCUGCGACAGCUACAGCUUUCCCUUUUCGUUCAGCGCAGUACAGUUUUUAUACGUACGGCCGCUUUCAUGAUCAUGAGCAAAGAGAGGAAGUUGAAAGAUUUGCAACAUCAGCAUAUGAAACUGUUAAGAACUCUGGAUGUGCGCUAGGUAGCUAUGUGAACUACAUGGACCGUCAUCUUAAGAACUGGGGCCACAAUUUUUAUGGAGUGAACUAUCCUCGCUUGUGUGAAAUAAAACAAAAGUGGAAUCCUUUAGGCCAGGGUUCAUUGCACUUUCAACAGGAAAUUGGAUCCUCUUGGGAACCUAAUUAA